ACGUCAGCGAAGCAGGAAGACUGAAGCUUUGGGAACAGGGAUGAAGUGGCUAUUGGUUCUUUGGGGUCUUUGUACCUCGGCAGGUGCUUUAAAAAGGAUCCCUCUGCGUAAAAUGCCAUCCAUCCGCCAGUCACUGCGCCAACUUGGAUUGAAAGUGUCGGAUGUCUCGCCUGAAGUUAAUAGGGACUUUCUAAUGAAGACGAACAAUGGAACAGCCCCGACCAUCCUUACCAAUUACCUGGAUACCCAAUACUUUGGGGAGAUCAGUAUCGGGACCCCUCCACAGAAUUUCAAAGUCAUUUUCGACACAGGGUCAGCCAACCUCUGGAUACCAUCGGCGAACUGUUCACCCAUUUACACAGCUUGCUUUUCCCACAACAGAUAUGACUCCUCCACCUCAAGGACAUAUGAGGCCAAUGGGCAAGGGUUUGCUAUUCAAUAUGGAUCUGGUAAUGUGAAGGGAAUCCUUAGUCAAGAUAUUGUAAUGGUGGCCAAUAUCCCAGUUAUCCAAGUAUUUGCUGAAGCUACUGCCUUGUCAGCUUAUCCUUUUAUCUUUGCCAAGUUUGAUGGGGUGCUGGGCAUGGGGUUCCGGACUAUCGCUAUUGACAACAUAAAGCCGGUGUUUGAGAGAAUCUUGGAUCAACAUGUUCUCAAUGAAGAUGUCUUUUCUGUAUAUUACAACAGAAAUUCCAGAGGGACUCCAGGCGGAGAGGUGAUACUUGGGGGUACAGACCCUUCCUACUACAGUGGUGAGUUUCACUAUCUGAACCUGCUCAAGAAAGGCUACUGGCAAAUUGAACUGAAAGGAAUUUCAGUUGGUGGAGAGAUGCUGUUCUGUCGUAAAGGCUGUGCAGCCAUAGUCGAUACUGGGUCCUCCUACAUCACUGGGCCAGCUGCAGCAGUUUCCUCACUAGUGAACACUAUUGGAGCCACGGUCCUAGAAGAGGGAGAGUACAUCGUGAACUGUGACAAAAUCCAUCUAUUGCCUCACAUUUCUUUCAACAUGGGCGGUAGGAGCUAUUUGUUAAAGGGUGAAGACUAUAUUAUGAAGGAAUCCCAGUUUGGGGAAGAUGUCUGCACAGUUACUCUUGCUGGACUUGAUAUCCCCCCACCUGCUGGCCCUCUCUGGGUCCUGGGUGCCAACUUUAUUGGUCGAUACUACACAGAGUUUGAUUACAAGAACAACAGGAUAGGUUUCGCCACGGCAGUCUGAACCAGACAUAUGCCAGGCAGAUUGAGUUAAGUUUUGAAGAACAUGGAUCACUUUGCCAUUAUGGCAACUCUUUCCAGCACUAUGGUUUCCUUUCUGACCUGGGAUCCACGAGACCAGAUUACUGCCUUUUACAUCAGGAAUCUCAUUGUCUUCAUAUCAGCUCUGGUGUUAUGUCUAGAAUUGUCAAAUUAGAAUGCUGGGGGCAGGAAUGGGAUGAAGGAAAAUCCAUUCGUCUCCUUCCAAAGGCUGAACAGAGUCUAUGUUAUCAUUCUUCCCCUGUCAUUGCAUCUUUACACAAGCUUUGGCUCCAUAUUCUUCAAAGCCCAUAGCUUGCAAAAUUCUACUCCUUCUGUGCGGAGAUUUGCUUCCUGACUUCUCUCCGGAAUGGCUUAUUUUUGAUUUUUAUAGUUAAGACCCCUUUUCUUAGCUUCCCUCAACAAAAGGGGGAAAAAAAUUCUCUCUGUUCUCUGGAUUCUUUCCAAAAUAUUUAAUACCUCCAAAAGAAAAGUUGCAAAACAAGCAAUAUUAUCAAAUAUUCCACUAUUCCCACCAUCCCACCCCAGCCUCUUCAAAGUGGACUUGUUAUCCCCCCAGGCAUUACUUUGCCACUCCUCAACCGUAGAAACUGUUGCAUCCCAUUAGCUCAGUGUGUACGAAGUCAACCAAGCAUACAACUUUGACAUGGGGGUGCUCUUGUGGCACAGUGGGUGGUGUCCCUACUUCUGGGCUAAAGGAUCCUGGCUCAAGUUACACCUGUCGCAGGCCAAUGUCAUGAUAUAUCAGAUCCGGUUGAUCGCAAAUACCAGCAAAAUGGACAUGCCAGGAAGUGACCCAUCCCAUGGGGAAGCAAUGACAUAAUGGUAAUGUCAGUGGAUCAGCAAUCCAGAACUCCAGGCCAAUGCUCUAGAGAUAUGAUUCCAUUCCCAUUAGAGCAGAUUAUGGAAUUUAUUUCCAAAAUAAAAUCUGGAACAAAGAGCAUACCUAAAGGUGCACAUGUACUACUUUCAAUUGUUGUAAAAACCCACCUGUUUCACUAAUGUCCUUUAGGGAAGGAGACCUGCCAUCUUUACCUGGUCUGGCUUACAUGCUGGCUCCAGACCUGGUGCAUUAAACAGUCCCCACACACAGAGAGGCUGGAGGCCUUGAUUAAUUUUGUUCUUUUAGUUACUGUCUCAAUGUCAACCAGGCAUGUACUGAGUUCCUUUUCAGAUGUUUGCCUCAACUGCUUUCGCUAAGCAAAGUAUCUAUUCAAACUUGUAUUCAAACUUUAGAUUCAAGAAAUUAAAAGGAGAAUAAUACUGUA